AUGUCGUCGCUGGAGUCCGGAGUUCCCAUCGCCUCGCUCUCGAGGACAUACCAAAAGGCCUUGCGGCUCACGGCUACGCUUGGCGUCCGCUACCUCUGGAUUGAUGCGCUCUGCAUCUUGCAGGAUAGUGACGAGGAUUGGCUACAAGAGUCGCCGAAAAUGGCGCUCCCUGCUAUUGAAGGCCUGGCCAGGUAUUGCGGCGAAAGGAACUGCGACAUGGGGACAUACGUUUCAGGACUGUGGGAGAAUUCGGUCCACCAAGGAUUACUCUGGAUCCUUGGCCAAUGCCCGUCCCAAGAGGUUCCCAAAGACCCCAGGGGUAGGCCGCCUGCCCCGACCUGGUCUUGGGGGCGGUGGUGUGGUAGAAUCCACUAUCCUCGAGAUCUGUCUUCGACUUCUCCUGUACUGCGGCUCGUCGAUGACCCGCCUCUACAGUCACCUCCGUUUUGGGAAGGGAAUGAGACCCUAGCUCUGGAGGCCCCAGUCUGCGAGCCCAGGGGUAAUACAGCUGUCAAGCUACCCCGUAAUAUCAUGUUCGCGCACUAUCCUCAAAAUUCAACGCCACUCUACUACGUUCCGAAUGACCCUCUCAAAGUCUUGAUACUCGAUAACGAGGAGCGAAGCAAAGUCGCGCUGGGCAACGUUCUUCUCGCUUUUGUCGCCAAGAAUGAGGUGAAGGAAUAUCUUUACGACGACAACCAUGAUACAUUUCUUGAGAAGGUGACUUGCCGGAGCUAUUUUCUGCUCUUGAAGCCGGUUGCUAGCAAGCCCGACCACUACCGACGGAUAGGGCUGGGGUGGGAAUUCGUCACAUCCACGGUCAAUAAAAGGCGACGACAGAGGAUAUUCCUAAGUUAG